ACCAACACCCACCCACUCAUUCAAUCCACCCAAAUACAAAAAUACAAAAAAAACACAAGAUGAACCUCCUCCGCACCCUAACCCGCACCCUCCUCCGUCAACCCCUUCUCCUCCCCCGCCAGCGACCCCUCCCCCUCCUCCUCCAACCACUGCCCAACCACCUCCCCAUCUUCCGCCACAACUCCACCCAGCCCCCCGCACAACCAGACAAACCUUCCUACGACCUAACAUUCACCUGCCGCCCUUGCACCCGCCGUUCCACACACCGCAUCAGCAAGCAAGCAUACCACACUGGCAGUGUGUUGAUCACUUGCCCAGGGUGCAGCAAUCGGCAUGUUAUCACUGACCACUUGAAGGUACGCCCCCCCCCCCCUCAACCCCCAGCUCCAUCGCUCCGCACACAAGGGAUAACUUUAAUACGGGGGGGCAGAUAUUCGGCGAGACAGUGAGGGCGUUAGAGGAGAUUUUACGGGAGAGGGGAGAGGUGUUGAAGAAGGGGGUUGUAACGGCGGAGGGGGAUAUCGAGUUUUUCCCCGAGGAGGGGAGAGAGGUUAAGGCGCUUGGGAGUGGGGAGGAGGGCAGUAGGUUGUAAGCCAGAGGAGGGAAUGGAAAAGGGCAUGUUGUACGAUAUGUAUUCUAGAGAGGGGGGAACAGCUACCAGUAUAAUGUUGAUAUUUAUAAACUGGUCGAGGUAUCGAGAUCCUGCGAUAUCGAUGGCUACCUUAAUUGUAGGCAUCAAUUGGCACUCUCAGUCACACUUGACACUAGAUCACUCGCUGUAGAUCAUCACCCCACCUAAUAACCCAUUAAAACCAAAUUUAUAUCAAGCUCGUACCGGUACGCUAUCCAAACCAGAAAUUACACAAGCCCCCAAUUCCAAAUCAAUCCUGAAAACAAGCUCAUCUAUUGCACAACCAAGUAAUACCGUUUCCGUUACACAUAUUACAAAAGAGGGGGGGGGGGAAGAAAUAAAUAAGGAAAAGAAAGGAAGGGAAAAUCCAAAAUCCCGCAGCCCGAGCAAAAUAAAUGCAAAAUAAUACAAACAUUCAAGGAGGGAAAGGGGAAAUAGGUAACACGACAGGGUCGAGGGGGGGACGGCGAUAUAUCGCCGGCUUAGUGGAAAGACAUCACAAUAUCCAAAAUUCCACCGCUUAAGAAAGUGGGGGAGAAACGGAUGCAUGCAGUCCAUGUAAAAAACCCGCUGUCCUCGUGAAAAAAAAAUAUCGAGCUUGAACACAACCCCAGUCCCAAAAUGAGAAGGUAUGUGAUCUAACCAUUACUACCCGCAAUCCACCCUCAGCCAGGGUUCAGGAUCCCGGGCUAUGAGACGAACGAGUGAUAUAUAGAAACCCGUAGCAAGUGCUAAUCCCUCUUCGGGACCCAACUAAAUCUCUUCUUUAUCCUCGAACUUAGCGAUCCCUUCGAAGUACCGCCCCGACUAGCACUGCUUUUACUCCUCCCCAAGUUCCCGCUAUCCGAUUGGAAGGCAGAGUUGUUGGAAGUGGUCAGAUGCGAGGCACUGGUGGAUCUCUCGCGGGCAAUUCUAGCAGGUUUGCCAGAAGUCGAUUGAGGCAUCAUCUGGUAUACGCCCGGAGCCUCCGGCUGACGCAUCUUGCCCCCGGCCUUUCGCUGCUUGUCCAAGAGGUCCUGGGUAUAUCCCGGCUCACCUUUACCCUUCAGAUCUUCUUUGAGGUAACUCUGCAGCACGAUCAGCAAAGACAGAUCCAUGGAGAUAUCAUACUUGUAAGGUAAAGAACUUACAAAGCCAGGGUAUCUUCUAUAGCUACCUCCGGGUCCUUGACGCAUCAUGUCGUACUCUUCAUAGUCACCGAUAAAUUCACCAUUGGGUAGUCUUGUCCUCGGUGCCACCAUAGCAGUUCCCUGCAAGGGUUUGUGCUUUUCCAGGGAAUCAAGUAUGUUGGCCAUGGGUGUGGCAGCCAAUGCAGCAGCAUUGCUCUCGCGUAGGGCUUCGACAGGAGGUCUAGGUCCGUUCUGUCUAGCUAGCAGUGUAGAAUCGUAAGGUCCUUCAUGAUGGUAAUAGUUGCCAAAAACACCAUUGUCCAAUCUAUCGAUAGUAUCCGGGCCAGGGAUGGAACUCGCUCGACGUCGAGACCUUUGUGAGGAGCAAGGAGGAGGAGGGCCCUGAAGUCUGGCCCUGUCCGUUUUCGGAACACCAGUAUUGUGGGAGCGAGACCGAGCAUGGGGGUUAGAACGGGGAGGAGGUCGGUCCCUGUUAUCUUUGUGGGCGUUGGGCGAAGCCAUUGUGUGCUCUGACCGGGGUUGCUUAGAAGAUCCUGAAGUACGAUAGCCGGAACUUGGCCUUCGACGGUGGACAUCGUCCGGGCUAAGGCGGGGUUUAUGAGCUACACGGCCGUCCGACUGCAGAUUGUGAGCGGGGUUGUGCUACUAUCACCAACCGGGAAAGAACACAGGCAGCGGGCGGAGCAGAUCGAGGGCAUGGUUGGGACAGGAUUUGUGUCAGACAACGAACGAAGCAACCAACUUACCCAAGGGUUUUGUUGGCUCAUGGUAGUGACAGAGGUCAUUCCCGUACCCGAGCAGUCUCAAAGAUAGCAGCGGUGGGCAGAUAAAGGUUGGGUGUCUUGUGUCCCUUAAGCUCCGGUGAAGGUUCCCUGUACAGCACCGUGGCCAUUUGCGGGGGGGGGUAGACGAGAGAAAUAUGGGGGAGUGCGGGCGCUCCCUGCGAGUUCGUUGAGGCCAAGUAUCCUCAAGAGAGUUGACGACGGCCCUUAAAAAGUCCACGGUAUGAUGCCAACUCUCCUCGAGGAAGGGGGGCUCUGAGAGACAGGAGAGUGGCCUCUGCACGUGGGGCAAACAAGGAGGAACAAACCAGAGGGGGUCAGGAGAAGGGGGGACGAUGUGAAAAAUUCAAGAACGGUGGAUGCACCGUUAUUAUAGGGAUCGGAGGGAAUAAAUAGUGACUUCGAUGGUUGAGGGUACAGUACCACAGCUAGGCUACCGGUAUAUCCAUAUUUGGAUCACUCGAGCACACUGCACAGAUCGAGACAACCCUCGCCCAGUACGAAUUUUAAACUACAAGCCUUGCAGUACGAGCACUAGCGCACGAUUACAGUGCCGGUGCCGAUACUCGUACCUCUGAUAUGUACCACUGCGACACCCUCCAUCCGGGGCCCCGGCUCCCGGCGAUGGAGAAAAAAAGGGAAAAAAAGAAAAACAGGAACAAGAAGCGUAUCAUACUCGUACUGUACCGGUACUAGAGAUACUCGAAUAUGCCUCCAAUGAAAAACGCGGAAGCAAAGGGGACAGGAGGAAUGGAAAGAAGGGGAAAAAUAGCCAAUCGUGACGGCACGGAUACGAGCAUGAUAAGAGGGCUGCAAUACCGGCACCUCCAACCAGAUCAGGGUCCCCGGAGUGGAUAGACUACGGUAGAAGCUGGAGAGAGAGAGAAAGAGAGAGAGAAAGAGAGAGAGCUACGGUAUCCAACCCCGGUCGCACUGCCGCAAUCCCCAAUCAAAAGUGACCCAAAUGACAUGACGAUGCUUAUUGCGCAAAAGCCUCGUGCCUUAUCUAGAUCGACUGGUACUUGAGUACCCGAGUAUUGUAAAGGGUAGUAUUGAUGAGUAAUAAUGGAAAAUAGGGUGGUGGAACGAAAACCCCCAGUCUCCCCAUCAGAGCAA